AUAUGCAUCAUAAUUCAUCGUCAACUUUGCUCCACCUACACGUAGCUUUAGAUUAAAUAAAUACAACGGGACUUCAUAGCCGUAUUAAUUAAAAGUUACCUGGUUAAGAGAGGUGUUUUCUCCGCACGCUCUCUGAUUCUCACUGGAUAAUGUGGCUAUAUUAUGACAGAAAUGAGGAGAUCGCUAAUUAUAUAUUUUGUGGGAUAUUUUACAUUUUCUUGUGCUCACUAUCCAUUUAUUCCAAGGCAUCCAAGACCGUUUAUUCGAAGAAUUUAUCCUAAUCCCCCUUUAUAUGGGGGAAUGUUUUUUCGUGGUCCUGUGUUUAAUAUUCAUCCUAGAUUUAAUCUACCCAUAGGGUUACCUCAGGUGCCACAUAUGAAUAAUAUGCUUCAUCCUCAUCAUAAAAUAAACAGCAAUUGUGCAAGUGAAAAACAUUCUGUUGGUCAUGCACCAGUACCAAUACCAACAACGGUUUCAUCUUCGUCCUAUGAUGGUAAAAACAUACAACACCUACCAGUACAACCAUUAGGUUUUGAUAGACCUUUUCCAACAAUGGGAUCGCAACAGUUUAAUUUUGGUCAAAAUGAUGCUGGAGCACCAUCAGAUCUCCAGGAAAGUAAUCCCUCUGUGGCAUUGGGGGAGACUCAUGAUAAAUCCCAUAUGAUAGGAUUACAUCCUAUCCUAGAAUCAAAAACUAGGAGCAUUUUUGGUGCACAACCUACUCUUAGGGUUGAGAAUACAGACAAUUCAAAUAAUACAUCCAGCGAUCAUAGAAAUCCAGACUGGAAUUACUUUGACUUCAUAACUAACAAAGAUUUCAUAUUGAAACUUAUUGAAAACAAGCUUAUCAAGCUUCAAAACAAAGAGAAAAUAGUUGGUGGAAUAUCAGUUAACACCCAACUGUAUGACCAGAUCAAAAGGAUAGAGGAAGCGAUGGGUAUAACCAUGGCUUUAGAUAAUGGAACCACCACUCCACCUCCAGUACCAACCAAUUCAACAGGAAGCAGCAGAGAAGGACAGUAUACUUCGUUAUCAACUUUUAUGGGAAAUUUCUUCUGUGCAUGGUGUAGAUAUCGUCACGGAAGUCAAAAAAGCACGUGUCUCAAGUUUUGUUUCAAUGAUAUAAUUCAAAAGAACAACAAAGCGCAGGAGGAGGACUCUAAUACUCGAUAAGAACAGGAAAACCCCCCAAGUGAUCAGUUUCAAUAGCAACACGAUAUCUUGAUCUCUAUAAUUUUCUUCUUGAGAAAAAUCCAUGUUUAAGUUCUGAAGAAGAAUUUCGUUAUUAGAAAUGCUGUUCUGUGUUAGAGUUGUUCUUAUUAUAUCAUUUUGUGACUGUAGUUUAAUUGUUCAUUUUGCUAAAUUAUUAAUGAAAACUUUUCGUCACAAUAAAUUGUAUAUUUAUUAUGUGGUCAUUUUCUCUUUAAUCAUGUUAAUGUUACUUCAAAUUGCAUUUGCGUU